UAUACGCUCAACAUCGAAAUUGAAGCCUUCUCUAGUAACUGCUUCAGCAAAUCCCUCGCUCUUCACUCGCGUCUUUUAGACUACAUUUCGUCCAUAAACUCCUCCAAAACCCUCUUCCACCUCGUCAAUCGCAGUGCUCGUACCUCGUUCGAAGAGAGGCAAAUCUCGCACUUCGCCUACUACGAGUACCCCGGCGGCUCGCGGGUGCCCGCGUGCCACACGCGCGUCGACACGGUGGAGAGCGCGGCCUUCUUCGUGGCAACCAUCUCGGUGUUCUUCGCGCUGCCGCUGCUGCUGCUCGUGGGGCUGUACGCGGCCAUCGCGCGCCGCCUCCGCGCCCCCGCCGCCGCCUCCGCCGCCGCGCCGCCACCCCGUGCGCGCACCGUCGCCGCCUCCCGCCGCCGUCGCCGCCGCCGCCGCCGCCUGCGCCGCCGCGGCGCGCGUGUCGGCGGCGUCGCCGGGGCGGCGGGCGCCGCGCGCGCGCGACGACAGGUGGUGGUGAUGUUGGGCGCCGUGGUGGCGUGCUUCUUCGUGUGCCUGCUGCCGUUCCGCGCGCUUACCCUCUGGAUCGUGUCGGUGCCGAAGGAAUCGCUGCAGGCGCUGGGCUUCGAGCGCUACUUCAACAUCCUGAGCUUCUGCCGCGCCAUGACGUACCUCAACUCGGCGGUGAACCCCAUCCUGUACAACCUCAUGUCGUCCAAGUUCCGCGCGGGCUUCCUGCGCCUGUGCUGCGAAGGGCGGUGGGGCGGGCUGGGGCGGGGCCGCGGCGCGGACGGGGGCGGCGGGCACGGAGGGCACACGCCUCACCGCCUCCUCGUGGCUGUCCCGCACCAGCAGCCGGCGAGCGCUGGCUUCCCGCGGCUGCUGCGCGCCGAUGCCACGCCUCCGCCCACCGCGCCCGCCCACGCGCGCUCGCGCGCCGCCGCCCCCGCCACCCCGCCCACGCACUCGCCCACGCCGACCGCAAGCAAGCGAUCGCCGCGCUGGCCGACGCCGGCGCCGACGCGGACGCGGGCAAAGGCGCGGAGAUCUACAUUCUUUUCAAGUUUUAUUUGA